GUACACAGUACCAGCUAUAUAUGUACCUACAUCCAUGGAUGUCUACGAUGAACAUUCACUACUUCGUCGCUCUUCACAUCAACAAUAUAGUUUUAAAACCCAAUCAUCUCAUUCUGUAGCUUUGGAACCUCUACUACUAUUUUGAAUGAUACAUACCAUUCAGGACCCCAUACUACAAAUAUGGCACUUGUAGGCUACGACAGCAGUGAUGACGAAGAAGAGGUGCCACCCCAGCCAGAAUCAAAGUCACUGAAACCUGCCCAAGAUACUGCCCUUUGCACAAACGGGAAACAAAUAGAAACAAAAGAGCCCAGCACCACAUCACAAAAACAGGAUGAAGAACCAGCAGCCAUCAUCGGGCCACAAGUAGGCCCAGACCCAUCCGCAGGGCCUACAUUCCCUCCGUUGGAAGAAGCCCCAAUGGAGGACGACGACGACUCCUCGGCAGCGGGGCCCGGGCUACCACCGGGAUCCCCGUACACCGCAACGCGCGCGCUGCUGCGGGACCUAACCCUGCCGCCCCUCCCCAACACCGAGAUCCCCCCCUCGCCACCCGGCUCGCCGCCCCCCGGCACCAGCGCCAAGUUCGAGCGCUUCCUCGAGCUGAAGAAGCAGGGCGUGCACUUCAACUCCAAGGUCGCGCAGAACCCGUCCCUGCGCAACCCCGCCCUCACCGACAAGCUACUCGCCUUCGUCGAGCUCGCGAGCCCCGCCGACCAGUACCGCACCGCGCUCGCCUGGGACCCCACCGCCUUUCCGCGAUGGGCCUACAAGGAGCAGCUCAAGCUGACCCAGGCCGAGACCGAGAAGGCGAGGGCGAGGAGGACGGGCGCGCCGGUUGAGUUCGUCCCCGCUACUACUACUACUACGGCUUUUACUGCUUCUACUGCUGCUGGCGCUGGUGGCAUUUCGGGCGGUGAGGGCUCAGCGGCCCUGGUAGCGUCGGGGGCACUGCAGGGGUCGUCCGCGAUGGGACCGAAGCAAGGUGCGGCCGGGAAGCGCAAGACGAGGUUCGACGCACGUGGUUGAUGAUGGUACGGUGGGAAGGACAGACAGGCAGACAAUGUCGAGCUUAUGUGUUCCACUUGGCAAAAACUUGCUUACCUAUCUCAUCAUUACUGUUGGACACACAUGCUUAUAUGUACACUCUAGAAUCACUACGUGAUAUUAUCAAUUUCAGAUACCCAUUCCAUUUCGCGAACG